AUGAAGCCGAGUCUGUUCACGCAUCUGUGCAUCGACUUCCUCCGAAUCGCACUUGGCGUGGCCACGACGCAACAUGGGAAAACCUGCAUCCUCUCCCCCCUUGGAGUAGGCAAGGACGACACGGAUCAAGUGCUUGCUGCAAUCUCUCGUUGUGGGAAGGGCGGUCACACCGUUUUCCGUCCGGGAGGCUUCAAUAUCACCAGGAAGAUGACCUGGGAGCUCGAGGACGCAACUGUCGAUUUGUGGGGCUAUUUGAACUUCCAACCUGACAUCCAAUAUUGGCUCAACUACAACAACACUUACCGUGUCGUCUUCGUCCAGUCGCAAGCAUUGUGGUUCGUCGUCACCGGCUCCGAUUUCAUCAUCGACGCGCAUAACGCAGGCGGCAUCAAUGGCAACGGUCAGCCAUGGUGGGAGUAUUUCACCCAACAUACAAAGGCGGAUGGGGAUGGGCGGCCGAUUAGCUUGACCGUCUAUCAAGCCCAGAGGGCGACGAUCAAGGGGUUUAGGAUCGAGAGUCCGCCCUUCUGGAGCAAUUGUGUUGCCGAGAGUCAGGAAAUUACGUACGACGGCAUGUUUGUCAAUGCGACCAACACGAACUCGACUUUCUUCGGUCAAAACAUUGACCCGAACACAGACGGCAUCAACACCUUCCGCAGUAACAACAUCAACUUGUUCAACUGGGAUAUCACCUGCGGUGAUGACUGCUUGGCUAUCAAGGGUAACUCGACGAACAUUCAUGCAAGUAAUUAUACUUGUCGUGGAGGUAAUGGCGUCGCAUUCGGCUCUCUUGGGCAAUAUGUCGAUCUCCCCGAUUACGUUGAGAAUGUUCUACUCGAAGACUUCACGAUCACACGGCUCGACCACAGUAUUCAGCCAAACAUGGGCGGCGGUGUAUACUUCAAGACAUGGACGGGAGAAACGGUUGGCGUGCCUCCGACAGGCGGAGGCGGCGGCACAGGCAAGGUCGAGAACGUCGUCCCCCGAGAUUUCACGCUCAAUCUCGUGGACCGACCGGUGCAUGUCUAUCAGACAAAUGGUGGUAAUUCAUCCGAGACUCCGUCAGAACUUCAAUUUGCAGACCUCAGCUUCAUGAACUGGCGCGGAACCGCAGACACUAACCGUGUUAUCGAUAUCGAAUGCUCAGCCGCCGCACAUUGUCCAGGGAUGGUCUUCAGUGAUUUCAACAUCGAGCUCGCGCCCUCUAACUUGACUGCUCGGUAUACUUGCAUCAAUGUUGUCAGCGAGAGGGGCAUUGCGGGGCCUUGCAAUGCAACUACCUAG